AUGCAAGUUCAGAAAUGGGGCAAACAUGUAGGUUACUGUUGCCAGAAGUCGCCACGUCAUUUCGUUUCAGAUUCAUUACUUCUGUACCAUAACCCUCUAUGUGAUAUUCAUUCUGUGCGUUUUCAUGAAUUUCUAUGUGCUUCUUAGUCGAGAAGACACCAUCUACUAUCUUAGAAUUUAUCAUCUGGUAUGUCUGCAAGUAAUCUACCGUAACCUGAAUCAGCCCUCAAUCAGAUCGUCGCUAUUCUUAUGCUUUGUUGCGGAGUCAUUCAGAUCGAAUUCCUAUUCCGAACGCGGAAACUUCCGAAACUCGACGAACCGCACGUGAUCCCGGACCCCGCACUCAUCGGAGCGGUCGCUCUGACUCUCGGCAUCAUGCUCGGCUAUCUCUACUUCAUCGUGUUCGACUACGCCUUUCAGAGCUGCGACAAACUCGUCGACGCUCUUUAUCCAUCCGAACUGUACAUUGAAUCCAUCUACGAUAUUCUGAUGGCUUCGUUCUCCGGUUUAUCUCUCGUUUACAUCCUUCAUCGACGAUAUUACGGAGCGAUCAGUUCGAAUUUGGAUAAAGUCGGAAGGCUUUUCAUAAACAUCACUUUCACUGUCGUUUGGAUGAAAGUAGUCAUUUACAAAGGAUACCUCAGCCAUCAAGUAUUCAAAACCCUUUUCUGAAAUCAUUCUUCUCUCGUUUCUGCAGGAAUUGUGCCAACGAAAAGAGUUGGAAGGCUACUGGUGUCCCGUGAUCAAGAGGCAUUACGAGUGCAGUCCCGCCACAGAACUGCACGGAACUCAGAAGAUGUGGUAUUACAUCAACAAGGGACUCUUGUCCUCCUCGAUCAUUUCGUGUGCUUCUGAAUUCUUCCCCAUUCUUCUGGUAACUCAUUGGUUGGCUUGUGGAGGAGCUGAAGAACGUGCAGAAAACAUAGAAAAACGGAUGAAAGUAUGUUUUUGAUUCUUGAUUUUCUGGUCAUUUGAAGAGGUUCAGAGGAAAGAAGGAGUUCGUGGAAUGCUCCGUGAGUUCAUGAAGGACGUCUCGCGAGUCUACGUGGAACAUCCCGCACUCGAAAAUAAGCAAUUACAUAUCAGCAAAGUGCUCGUCGCUUUCUUCCUUCUUAUCACCCCACUCGUCAUGGUACUGUCCACUCUCAAAUGGCUUUUCUAUUUUUACUACACUAUAGGUAAUUACCCCAAAACGGGAAGCAAUGAUCGAGAUUAUUUAGAUUUCGAUCACCUGGUCGAGGAGCAUUAUAUGACCAACGAUUACAUUAAUUUGGCCGCCAACAUUCUGCAAGUUUUCUUUUUCGCCGCUGUAAGUGCAAAAAUGUACGGUCAAAGUGAUCGCAGGGCCAUAAGAGGGGUUGGAACCGAAGUCCCGAAAGAAAACACACACACACACACACUUGGGCAGCCCUGCCGAUCCGGACCGGACGGAGGAAGCUGGAUUGCACGGCGCUUAUAAAUGUUAGCUUUUCGAGCAGCCGACGUCUCCCGACUUCCGCACUCCACUAUGCUAUGAACGGCCUUCCGUGUACUUUGCUCGGACAAUACCUCUUUUCAGUUGUACGCGUUCUCCUUGACAGUGCCCAACGAACGGCUGGAUGCCCACCACAAAGCGCAUGCUCGAGGGGACAUCACCAUUCUGUUCGGAUGUUGUUUCGUUCUUCUCAUUAAGCUAGUGAGUGCCAAACACCUCAAACGUUUUUGAUGGACAGACCUCUCCGUUAUCUUUUUUGUGCCUGCGGGUUUAUAGGUGUGAUUUUUUGGAUUCUGUUGACAAUUCGAUCUUUGUAAAUGGGUGUAUACCCGGACUUUAAUGGCUACGUGAUUCGUUUGAUAACGUCGGUCUUUUGCUCCGAACUUUAAACUGGAAUUCGUUGUAGAUCUUGCAAUCCAUCGAAAUUGAAUAUCAGAGGGUCGACGGAUUCAUCAUUCUUUCGGAUGCAAUCAUUCAAAAUGCGAAUCUUGUGAUGCUUCAAGUGAGGAAUGGGAAAUGAUGAAUAGAGGGGAAACCAUGCAAGUUCAGCUAACCCAAUGGCUGCAAUACUUCGCCGUCCGACGUCUUCUGGCUCUUUCGGAUGAAGACUGCAAAGCGACGAAACGGUUCCUGCCGCUGGCCUGCUUCGGAGGCCUUCUGCUCGCUUGGAUCCACUUCGGCGUCACUUUCUUUGAGACUUCACUGAUCAAGUACCAGUUGACUGACGAAACGUUCCAGUAUGUCACGAGCUCUCGCGGUCAUUUGACGCCCUUUCAUUUUAUUCAGAUUCUCGAGCACAACACUCAUCUGCAUGAUCUUCACUCAGACUCUCUUCCCUGCAGACUACCUCUUUGCUUUCACCGUCUCCGGAUGCUAUCUGGAAUUUCUGCAGAGAUACCUCAAUAUGGGAUAUUUCCAACUUGGAGAACCGAGGAUACACACGAGCUCUCACGGAGGACACGGUCAUGGACACGGCCACGGAUCCCAGGGCCACUCGGAUCAGGAAGAAGUGAGUGAAGGGAGAAGGCAAACAAAGAUCUAUGCGUCAUUUUCAGCAAGACAGCCACAGAGACAAAAUCGCGUCAAUGCUCUAUGCAGCCAGCGUACUUCAUAGAAAACGAUUUGAAGAGAACAGAGUGAGAAUGCACGUCUUGGGUCUUAAUUCAAUCGAUUCUUCCAGAACUCUUCUUCGUCGGACUCAUCAACACGAAGUUCAGUAUCGGUGAAAGAGGAAUAAUCGAAUGAAAAUCGAUCUCAUGUACAAAAAUAAUAUGUUUGUAAACUUUAAUGCUUUCCCCAUAAAUUAUAAAUGUUGUAACCUGACCUUUCUCGGAUUUCCCAUUGUUUUCAAUGCGGUCAAUAGUAAAUGAGUUUCACUCCGAGAACAAAAUGUUCUUUUUUCUCCUUUUUUUGUAUUUUCCAUUUACUUCAUCACAGGUAAACAACCUCAUCUAAAAUGUGAAUUGUCCCAAUCAUUCGCAGACGGACACUCCGUACGAUUGUGGAGCCCAUGGCUAUUGCUAUCCGGCGAACCGUACUUCUGCCACCACGUGCUCCGGAUGCACUUGCUCCGAUGAAUCCACUCAGACUUCCGACACAACUUGCGAGGGCCCAACAAGUUGCUCGCCGAGCCCAUGCACAAUUGCUAAUCAGCAAUGCAAUAUGGUCGACGACAUUCCAACAUGUACAUGUGCUGCCGGGUACACGGGAACUGAUUGCACCAUGCGUGAGUGUGGCAAGUGAGGCGAGAGAAGAGGCAAGCAAACAAGAUUGCAGUGAUGAGUGAUCCUUGUUCCCCUCAGCCGUGCUUGCAGAACGGAGUAUGCUCAUCUUCCGGGACCACCUACACGUGCGCCUGUUCUUCUGGAUACUACGGCGAACAAUGCCAAUGUACACACAAAGCUAGACCAUUUCAAUUUCAAUCGUUCAGAUUCUGGAGAUCCGUGCUCUGGCUACUGCUCCAACGGCGGCACCUGCACUCUGAUUUUCAGCGAAACAACUCCGUACUGUCAAUGUCCUUUCGAGUAUUAUGGAGCCACGUGCCAGACGGCGAGAAGCAUUCAGACCACCUACGUCGGCUGCUUCGAUGACUCUUCGGCUUCCUUCUCUGAUUAUUACGUUUACUCGAGUACGAUCACCACGGGAACAGACUGCAUCGAUGCAUUAGUUGCCUAUCGGAAGGCUAACCCAACUUCAACUUAUGAUUAUUCGAGUGAGAAUCACCCCCUAUGUCACUUCCAAUUGUGAUUGCAGCUAUGAGUGGAACCGAAGGAGAGUGUCUGUUCUCCACAUCCAAUACACUGACGGACACGCCGAAUACCGGACUGCGUGAGUUUCCUUCUUUCCUCAAAUUUUCAAAGUGUCUCUGUCAGUUGCCGCCCUUCUGGCUGCUCUCCUCAACACGUGCGCCUAUGCCUCUAUGAGCUCCGGGGCGGCUUCCGUGUACUCUCUGAAUGACCUCUGCACUUCUGGACCUUGUGGGGACGCCGCUGGAGAUGGAAAGUGCAUUCAGACUUCUGCGACUGCUUAUUCUUGUCUCUGUAACCCCUUGAAAACGGGCUCUUCCUGCCAAUCGGAUGCCACUCUCACUCCCUGCGAUUCGGUUGAUUGUGGAGUAGGAACAUGCGGAGUGACUGAUGAUCAGAUCGGUUAUUAUUGUCUGUGUACCAGCACGAACCAAACGGUUGCUUGUGGUAACUGCUAACGCGAGUUUUAAAAUCGACAUUGAUGUUACAGUCGGUGAUCCUUGUGCGUCGAAACCUUGCCUUUACGGAGGAACUUGCACCGACUUGGGAAACGGAUCGUUCACUUGCGCCUGUCUGAAUCUGUACAUGAACACUACUUGUGAAAGUGCGUUUCUCAGGCACUCGCCAGCAAUCUAUUCAACAUUUCAGCUUUCAACCCAUGUUACAUAAACAAAUGUGAAAAUGGAGGAACGUGCAUUCCGGACUACGACCUGCUCGACAGUACUUUCACUUGUCAGUGUACUUCUGAUUGGAAAGGAACACUCUGUGAAGAGGGUAAAGUUUUUUGUAUGUGCUCACUUAUAAUAGUUUACAGAAAGGUUGUACUGUGACGAGGCGCCGUGCCAGAACGAUGGAGAAUGUGAAGACAUAAUCGGCCCACCGAACAGUUAUAACUGUACUUGUCCUGAUCAGUGGACAGGCAUCAACUGCACCACAGGUGACUAAUUCAAUCUUAUUCGUUUCUGCACAAGAAGGUUCAGAUGUCGACGAAUGCGCCGAAGAUUCGACUCUGUGCAAGACGAAAGAUUCGGGUGCCACGUGUGUCAAUACAAAUGGAAGUUAUUACUGCGUUUGCAGUGAGGAUAUGUUUGGCAGCUCGUGUCUAUUCAGUAAGACUGAAGCCUAAACGUUGUCGGGAAUGUGUAUUGUAGAUAAAAUAAUAUAUGAGAUUCUGAAUGCGACAUAUGGUGACAUUCCCGCAGAUCAGUUAGAUGAGGUACGCUCCCAGAAUAGUUCAUUCAAAUGGGUAAUGUUUGAGAUGGCAACUGAACUUACAAACGAUCCCACUCUCGUGCGUGACAUCAUUCCUUUUCUGAUUGGCGGAUACAGUCUGGAAGAAAGAACCAGUCUCUCGUGGACGGCGGCCGACAUGUUUCUCUGGGUGGCGUACGAGCAGCAAUUGAUAGAUUUGAAGUGAGCUCUCGUGGUCAACACUACACUGAUCUUCUUUUCAGUUCGAACUUUGUGCAAUGGAAUGAUAAAGUGCUCGGAAACUGUUUCACAUUCAAUCAUAUGAACUCUUCAUUUAUAUACACAGCAAGAGCGCCGGGAUAUCAGGGAGGAUUGGAAAUGCAAAUGAAUGUGAAGCAGGACGAGUACCUGCCGUGGACGGAAACUGCCGCGGUCAUGGUGUUCACGUCGACAAAGAAAGAAGUCGUGACUUCAGAAUCCGUCAGAAUCAACACUGCUCCUCACUAUGAAUCUAGAAUUGCAAUUGACAGAGUAUUGAGAAACAAGGUAAUUGUUCUCUUAUUAGUUCUUCAUGAUUUCAGAAGGAUUACUAUCGCCUUGGAGGAAAGUACGGCAAAUGUGUAAACUCGAUCAGUGAAGUCGGAUCCUAUUAUUAUGAAGGAGAUUACACGACGGAUGUAAGUUACUAUGAAUUGAGCAUAUAUACAUUCAUUUUGUUGCUAGGGAUGUCUCCGAUCUUGCUAUCAAGACGUGGUCGAGGAGACUUGCGAAUGCAUGGAUCCGAGAUACCCGAUGCCGUCCGAUGCCGUUUCGUGCAACAUUUCUCAAAGUUUUUUCCUUUUAUUUUCUCACGGAACAAAAUGUUUCCUUUAGAAACCUGCAUAGAUGACCUAGUCGACUCGAAAGGCGAUCCUUCCACGUGGCCGCAAUGCAGUUGCCCUCUUCCCUGUUCUCAAACGGUUUAUACUUCAAAACUGACGAGAGCUCCCUACGUAGCACAGGUCUGUCAUUCUAGAUAAGGUCUCAGGUAUAAGACGACUUUCAGAUAACAGAAUGUGAGCAAAAAAACGCUAACAAGACGGCAUGCUACGAAAAGUACUUUGACUCUGUUGCUCUGCGGAUCGCCCUUCCGAAGCUUGACUACAUGAUAUAUCAAGAAGCGCCGACAAUGGAUGUGAGUCAACAUUUGAAUGAAAAGACCAAUCGGAUCACUUUAGCUCACCAAGUUCAUGUCGUAUCUCGGUGGAAUCCUCAGUAUACUCAUCGGCGUUUCGAUUGUUUCGUUCAUCGAACUCUUCUUCCUUCUGUGCCAACUCAUCGUCAUUCUUCUCUUUAACAAGCGCAUUUGA